AUGCGCUUCUCAUUCUUAUAAUACGUCCAAAGCUGUGUUUGAUUGCAUUUAUAAUAAUCAAUCGUGUGCACCAGCAAACGAAGAAAUUAUAAAACAGAUUGAAAGCCAUAUUGAAGUUUAUAAAAUGGACACAAAACGUUUAAAAGUGUUAGCAUUGUUUCUGAUGUCCAUUACAUUCAUUUUUUGGCUUGCGGCCAUUUCAACGCCUGGGUGGAUCAUAACGUCUCCGAAACCUCAUAAAGUACCCCCACUUCACGUGGAUUACUUUAAGCCAUCCAUGAUUUCAUACACAAGCUAUUCUUCUGAGAAGGAUUCCAAUAGUUCUUUUAUGACUUCAUUUACUAUAAAUUCUACGGAUAAUGAAAAUGAUGUCGACACGGGAAAAUAUCUAGAGAACAUCGUACAAAUGCCACAGAUAUCCGUCCAGAUGAGCAUUUUUUAUCUCCUCUUAUGUGAGAAAGGUCAGUGCCUUCCGGUACCCUACGGCAGCAGUGGAUUAAAAGUCACAGAAUAUCUUACCAGUAUUCCAUCGUUUUUUGAAAUGAAGAUAAUGGGGGUAUCUGCUCUCGUUUUAUGCAUUACGAGCUACAUUCUUCUCUUACUGAACUUAAAAUCUUCUCUUCAUGUUCUUGUCGGAGGAAUCGUCAUGGUUUUGGCCUGUAUAUUUUCAUUAAUUCUGGCCAUUCGAAUGACCGUGCCAAACUUUGAGAUGGCCAAUCUUGUCGAUGCCAUGAAUAUGGAAGUCAAUACACCUUACUCAAUUAUCCUUGCCUUCAUCGGAUCUCUGUUCGGAUUCUUUACUUCGUCAUUAAUUGGGAUUUUAUACUCAAAGCUUCGGAAACAAUGUGCAGACGACCAGACGCUGGAUUUGAUUUCGACAACUUCCUCUGACAACAUUUCUGUCCUUAAAGAAAUCAGUUCAAAAACUUAAAAACAGUUGAUAUCUAUUAUUUGAAGAAAAGAAAUUCAAAUUUACCUGAGCCAUAUCUGUAUAAUAUUGUCGUGAAAAUGUUUAUAAAUGUCGUCGGCAAUGUGAUGAAAACAAUUUUUCAUUCCCCCCCCCCCAAUUUUCUCUGUAUAGAAACAUAUACACUGUAGUAUUAAUUGAAGAUUGAAUUGUUAUUAAAAUUAAGCACCCCUAGUUGAAUACAAGAGUGUUCCAAUGAAACAUAUGGAGAUAACGAACAGUAUUCCAAACCAAAGAUCCAUAAAACAAUACAAAACAGGAGCAGACCAAACACGGACCUCCAAAACAUCAGAGUUGGGAUAAUGUGCCAUGGAGGAGUGAGCAUCCCCUGCCGACCGGUUAGACCUGCCGUGUGCUUCUUGUCAUGAUUGGGAUCCAAGGAAUGCAUGUGUUGCCUGCUUUGUAGCUUUUAAAAUUGUAAAUAAACCUGAGAGUGAUCAGCUAUUUAGUAUAAGCAUAAUAGUUUAUGAAUUUUCCCACAAAGAAAAAAGCGUUAUUGUAUAGUUUAAGACUGCAAUAAAAUCUGUCAAUCAAAGAAAUGAUGGCUUCCCAGCCUUCAAAUGAAAAUACAUGUUCAUGUAUUUUCCAUCAAUCCUCAAAGAGAGGUUACAGUCUGUCCUUACAACAAUGUGUCCGUCUACAAAAUCCACAUUGAAAGGACGACCCUGAGGUAAUUUCAAUGUACAUGUAUUAAAAAAGGUACAUAUCAUACAAUUUCAAAGUACAGUAUCCUGAGCUCAUAAACAUGCAUAUAAAUGCAUCAUAUUGAAAUUAUAAGACCUCGCCUCUCAGAGUUCAAAUAAUAAGUAUAAUUAAACUUCCCAAGGUUAUUUUCUUGGUCAAAAUGUCAAGUUAGAUGGUCACGAGGUCAGUACGCAUGGUUAUUUAUGAAAGCCAAAGAGCCAAGCAAAUGCACAAAAAGAUCAAAUCCACACCUUUUACAGUUCUCGAGAUCUACAUGACAAAAAACAGACGAAUAGACAGACAGGCGACCGUUAAAUUGAUUCCUAAAUGUCGCUCUGAUCUGUUGGCGACACAGAAAUGAGCCUCAAAGUCAUUUUGAGAGUUGCAGUUUUACAAGAAAUUAAUUUAUCAUUUAUAUAGUUUUAUAUUUCUUUCGUAUGAAAUGUGGAUCCAACUAGAUUUGACGACAAGGGCAGUGACAGAAUCAAUAUUGUUAUCUGUUUUUUAUUGUUUCCAUUAAAUUCAAUGUCUUGAGUGUUAAACUUUGUCAUAUGAUAAUAGAAGUUUCUUUCAACUGAUGUUUAUUAUACAUAUCUAAAUGCGAGCCAUCUCCUUUUAGUUUAUCAUUAAUGGACACAUGUAUACAAAAGCUGUGUUUAGUUUUCGGAUCUCUUAUGAGUAUAAGUUUUAUUGUUGUUAUCUCAUAUUUUUAAAAAUUAUGUACGCGCAUGUGUGAAAUGUCCUUUACAUGUAUAAUUUUUCCGUUCUUUCCCGAUCAUGACAGGGAGCACACGGCGAGUGUGACCUGUCAGCAGGGGAUGCUCUUUCCUCCAUGGCACCUGCUCCCACCUCUGAUGUUUCGGAGGUCCGUGUUGGCUCUGCUCCUAUUUUGUAUUGUUUUAUGGACUUUGAUAAUGAAUACUGUUCGUUAUCUCCAUAUCCCUCCAUAUGUAUGUUUUAUACUUUUAUUAAACGUAAAUUGUCACCAUACCUUUUAGAAAUUGUAUUAUUGCAUUCCAGAAAAUGAUGUAGAAGGGAUUCAUGAUCACUGAAAUAAUUCUUUGAGGUGAACUAAAAGGGUUUUCAAUAUCAUGAAAUAUGGCUAACUCUUUAAUAAAAAUGCAACUCGGAAAUGUUCGUAUUUUAUAGAUAGACAAUAGCAAGAUAACUUCGUUAAAAUCACACCGAUUCUACAUACAAGUACUCUGGGGGCUCCUUUCUUAACGUUUACGUAGUUUUUGUCGACUCAAUAUAUUUGGAAUAAUAAAUAACACUGAGACUAUCACAUCUGUUUCAUAUUUAAAUGCUUUACUGUCUAUCGAAGAUAAGGUCAAAAAUAACUAAAAUAGAAGAGAACUUCAGCUUCUUUUCUCGUCAUGUUUCCUUCCUUAUAAUUAUCUUGUAAUGUUCUGUCCUUAAUUACAUAAGAUGUUGAUCUCUCCAAAAGUUUUGAUACUAAAGAACAUGUCUGUGUACGAUCGAUUUUUAAGGCAAGACAGGUACCUGACAGAUAAGUUGAUGUUGCAAGGAUUUCAACAAUCUUGUUUUGAUAAAUGUAUUUCGUAAAUACUAUGGUUGCCACAUUGAACACAUAUGCAUCCCCCUCGCCCCCGAUUACCAUUAUUAGGUCAUUAUAUGGCUGACGUGUUUCAUACAAAUUAUUAUGUAACGCUUUUUUAUGCUAAAUUUGACUUAUGACAGGGAAUGCUUAUUCCUCUUAGACACCUAAUCGUACCUAAGGAACUUCAGGGGAUCUGUAUUUAAUGACCUAUUCGCAGAUGUAUAUGAAUUGUAGAUUUUUUUC